UUCGGAAAAGGUACGUGUGAUCUGCCCACAUGAUAGUUUUUUCUGUCUUUCUUUCAUUUUGUUUUUUUUUUUUUGAACUCGUAUAUCGAGAAAAGUAUCUCGUAUUUCAGCAAAUACAGAAACCCGAUCAGUUGUUGCCGUAUUUUGUGAUGGAGAUAGCACGAUCGAUACCUGGCUUACCUGGUCUCUUCGUCUCAGGAGUUUUUAGUGCUGCUCUCAGCACAAUGUCAACUGGUUUGAAUUCAUUGUCUGGGGUUAUUUACGAAGAUAUAAUAAAACCUUGUUUAAGGAAACCAAUGUCUAACGUUGGUGCAAGUAGAAUAAUGAAAUUAAUUGUCAUAGUGAUUGGUAUCAUUUGUGUUGGAUUGGUUUUCUUAGUUGAAAAACUCACCACUUUGAUUCAGGCUGGUAAAAGUUUGUCAGGUAUAACAGCUGGUCCACUUUUAGGAAUUUUCACGUUGGGCAUGUUUUUUCCAUUUGCCAAUUCUAUGGUAAUUAAUUAUAGUAAUUAAAGAAAUUGUUCAUUAAUUAUUACCAAUAUUAC